GACUUUCAAAAUGCCUUCUUCCUUGUCAACUGAAUCCAAAAUUGACACGGCCAAAACAAUCAUUAACACUGUCGGUUCCAUCGCGGCCGCGGUGAUGGUAGUCCGCAGCGUCUCCCAAGAUUACUUACCACCCGAGUUUCGAGAAUACAUGUAUCUCGGCUUCCGUAACUUUAUCUACAAGUUCUCCACACACCUAACAAUGGUCAUUUACGAAUUCGACGGAUUUAGCGACAACGAAAUCUACAACGCCACACAACUAUACCUCUCCACCCGCAUAUCCUCCAAUAUCCACCGUCUAAAGGUCACCAAAAACCCUAACGAACAACAUAUUAAUGUUGCAAUGGAAAUCAACGAGGAGUAUACAGAUAUUUAUAAUGGAGUCAAAUUCAUCUGGUCUUUAGUUUCCAAGAAGAAACCAACGAGAGAAUAUUACUCAUUCAACGAAGACAGCGGAUCUACACGAUCUGAUCUUCGAUCGCUGGAACUCACGUUUCACCGGAAACACAAAGAUCUUGCGUUAAACGAUUACUUACCCUUUAUAAUUAAAGAAGCCAAAAAGAAGAAACAAAACGAGAAAUCAGUGAAGCUAUUCACGGUCGAGCAAAAGAAGAGUUAUUCGAGCUACAAGACGUGGACAUCGGUUAAUCUGGAUCAUCCUGCUAGCUUUGGGACAGUGGCUAUGGAUACCGGAGUUAAGGAGAUGGUGAUGAAGGAUUUGGAUAGGUUUUUAGAGAGGCGAGAGUAUUAUCGGAGAGUUGGAAAGGCGUGGAAGAGAGGGUACUUGUUGUAUGGUCCUCCAGGGACCGGGAAAUCGAGCUUGAUUGCUGCUAUGGCGAAUUAUUUGAAUUUUGAUAUAUAUGAUUUGGAGUUGACGGAUAUUAACUCGAACUCGGAGCUCAGGAGGUUGUUGGUGGCGACCGCCAAUCGCUCGAUACUGGUGGUGGAGGAUAUAGAUUGUUCUUUGGAGUUGCAUGAUCGGGUGGUAGCAGAAGGCGCGAAAGGUGUAGCUAAAAAGAGUCAACAAGGUGAAGAACGUUCCAAGGUAACAUUAUCAGGGUUUCUUAAUUUCAUUGACGGAUUAUGGUCAAGUUGCGGUGACGAGAGAAUCAUCAUAUUAACAACCAACAGGAAGGACAAACUUGAUCCCGCACUCAUUCGUCCAGGUCGUAUGGAUCUUCACAUCCACAUGUCGUACUGCACCCCAAGCGCCUUUCACAUGUUAGCCUCCAACUACCUUAGUAUCACCGAACACCAUUAUUUUGAAGAAAUUGAGAACUUGCUAUCCGAGGUGGAGGUUACCCCUGCUGAAGUAGCGGAACAACUUCUGAAAGAUGACGACCCUGACAUUGCUCUCAGUGGCCUCGUUGAGUUUUUCGAUGUAAAAAGGAAGGAGAAUGAGAAGGCCAAAGCAAGGUUAAAAGAAGAAGAAUUGGCUAUGAAAGAAAAUGAAAAGAAGCCACAAGAGGAUGAAAAGGAUAAUUAAGAAGUUUGAGUAUUAAUUAUUUGAAUAUUGCAACAGGAAUAAGAAUGUAUCUUGCAUGCAA